GAUAAAAUAUAUAAAAAUCCAACUCUUCAUAAUAUGUCAGUCACAUAUUUACUUUUUAACAAUUAAAAAAUUAAAAAUGUAAUAAAAUUAUAAAUAAAAUAUUUUUGCUGUCAAUUUUCUUUAAUUUAAAUACAAUUGGAAAUGUUUAAAUUUUACCACAAAUAUCCAAAAAUCAAUACAAUUUUUUUUUUAUUUCUGAGUUAAUUACACGCGCUAUAUGGUCGCGUGGGCUACAAAGAGCAUAUUCUUCUAAGUCAGUCAAGAAAGAAAUAUAAGAAAAACACACCCAGCUCUGUACUCCGUCGAAGACCAUUAUUAAAGCUCAAGUCUUUGAAAACUUGUAUUAUGCAACAAUGGAGGUCACCAACUCACACCACUCACCCUGCAAACAAAUCCCAUCUCUCCUCUCCUCCUUCGUUGAUACAUUCGUUGACUUCACCGUCAGCGGUCUCUUCCUCUUACCGGACCCCAACCCUGAAACCCCUUCUGCUCCUCUGCAGACCAGGUACCCCGCCGCCGACCGCCUCAUAGCAGUCGGAGAUGUCCACGGCGACCUUGAAAAGACCAAACAAUCGCUGAGAAUAGCGGGUCUAAUCGACGACUCCGAUAAAUGGAUUGGAGGGUCAACCAUGGUGGUUCAGAUCGGUGACGUACUCGACCGCGGCAACAGUGAGCUUAAAAUUCUCUACUUUAUCGAGAAGCUGAAACGAGAAGCCGCCAGGUGCGGCGGAACCAUAAUCUCCAUGAACGGAAACCACGAGAUUAUGAACGUUGAAGGCGAUUUCAGAUUCGUGACCCCAAAUGGCGUUAAAGAAUUCGAAAAUUGGGCGGAAUGGUAUCAAAUUGGGAACGAAAUGAAAACCCUCUGCCAAAAUUUGAAAAACCCUAAAAACCCAUUUGAAGGAAUCCCAAUGGGUUUCAAGAACAUCAAGAAAGAAUUUUCAAACGGAUUCAGAGCAAGAAUCGCGGCCCUAAGACCAUCGGGUCCGAUCUCGACACGAUUCCUAUCCCAAAACGUGACAGUGGUGGUAGUCGGAGAGUCCGUCUUCGUCCACGGCGGACUUUUACCGGAACACGUGGCUAAGCCGGGAUUGGAGAAGAUGAACGAGGAAGUGAGGAAUUGGAUUAAUGGGUCGAAAGGAAAAGAGGCUCCUUCGCCGUAUUACUGUCGGAGCAGAGAUGCGGUGGUUUGGCUGAGGAGAUUUUCUCACGAGGCGGCGGAGAUGUGUGAUUGUUCGACUUUGGAACAUGUUCUGGCGACAAUUCCGGGAGCGAAGAGGAUGAUCAUGGGUCAUACGAUCCAACAAGUUGGGAUCAAUGGAGCUUGCGAAGGUCGAGCUAUAAGAAUCGAUGUGGGCAUGUCUAAGGGUUGCAUUAAUGGGCAGCCUGAGGUUUUGGAGAUCAUCCAUGGAAAUCCUGAGCCCAGAAUUUUAGGUGGGAAUUCCUCCGGUGAGUAUAAAUCUGUGUUGACCAGUCAACGGAGAGAAGGGUUGGGAUUGGUUUUGCCGGAUCAUCGUGAAGUUCGUGUCAAAGCUUAGGGAUUUAAUAUAAAGUUGAGAUCUUUGACUUUUAUUCAGAUCAUCAUCUAAUAAUUAUUCAAAAACAUUUAUAUAUUAAAAAAGAAACAUUAUCUUUAGCUCCUUUCAUUACAAAAUACAAAACUUGUCUGGGUUUUUUGUUUGGUGUUAUGAGUAUUGAGACAACAGAAUGGUGAUUUGAUUUACGAGAAUAUUGUUAGUGUUCUGUCUAA